AUGACGAGUCGGAAGAAUACGAGUAUUGAUCAUUCCAAUCAAAUUACUACUGCUCAUUCCAUCUCAUCACUUGUAUCGUCGUCAUCAUCAUCAUCGUUUGAUUCUUCAACUUCUACUCCUUCGUCAUCAUUUAUAAUGGCAUCUCCACUUGGUGCACCGACAAUGACAAUGAGUACUUUGAUGACUACGACGACUUCAACCACAUCCCCUCCAUCGACAGUGAUUGCUGCUCCGGCACUGACAAGAACCACCUCAAGAACUGGAUCCAUCAACAAUAUGAUGAUGAUGAUGAUUCCACCCGAAUCACCUAUAUCCACAGCCUCUACACUAUCAUCAUCGACUGAUUCUGCUUUUAGCGAUAUUUCAAGUGCCAGUACAGUCAAUGGUGGAAAUGGUGGUCCAUUAAAAAAAUCAAAAGGAAAAUGGACUCUUGAAGAGGAUGAUAUAUUGAGACAAGCAGUAGCAAAACAUAAUCAAAAAAAUUGGAAAAAGAUAGCAGAACAUUUCCCAAAUCGGACCGAUGUUCAAUGUCAUCAUCGUUAUCAAAAAGUAUUACAUCCCAAUCUCGUGAAGGGGUCGUGGAGUAAGGAAGAAGAUGACAAGGUGAGGGAAUUGGUUGAAAAAUAUGGAGCGAGAAAAUGGUCAGAGAUUGCCCAACACUUGAAUGGUAGAAUGGGCAAACAGUGUCGUGAGAGAUGGCAUAAUCAUCUAAACCCCGCCAUCAAAAGAGAUGGUUGGUCCGAAGAAGAGGAUCGAAUCAUCAAAGAACAACACGUCAUCCACGGAAACAAAUGGGCUGAAAUUGCCAAAUCUCUCCCUGGAAGAACUGACAAUGCCAUUAAAAAUCAUUGGAACUCCUCAAUGAAACGUUCAAAAAAACCUUCAAAUUUUAAAAGAGCUCCAAGAAAAAGAAAAGUUAUUACAAAAAAAGAAGAAGGAGAUGAAGAAGAAGAGGAUUAUGGAGAAGAAGAAUUUGGAGAAGAUGGAGAAGGAGGAGAAGAACAAGGAGAAGAAGAAAAAUCAUUAAAUUUAAAUACGACACCACAAAAAACAAAAUUGGCAGUAGACGUACCAUCAUUACAAAAUUUCAUAACCAAUGGAUAUAUUAUUUCACCAAAACCAAGAGUUUCCCUAACCACCACCCUACCAGCAUCACCACGUCCACCUCUUACUCCAGUUCAAGCAAUCUCAAAUCUUGUCACUCCCAUUAAACCAUUUUCAAAUUCUUGUAAAAAGAAAUCAAAAACAACAAAUGAUAAUAAUAAUAAUAAUAAUAAUAUUUCACCUCUUAAAAUGAAUUAUGAUUAUAUAAAUCCAGAAAUAUUUCCACAAAAUUUUGAAAGUGAAUUAUCACCGAUUCGAUCAAAUACAUCAUUGUUGGCAACUACAUCAUUUAUACCACCACCAACAACACCGGUUGGGGGUUUGGGUAUUAUUGCAACGACACCAAACAGUGCCAAUACGACUGCAAGCAAUGGUAGCAGCAGUCAACAUCUAUUUGAUCAUUCAAACUUUGAAAAUAGUCUUUCUUCUCCCAACAAACUAUGUUUGCUCAGUCCCUAUAGGAGCAAUCUAUCCGAUCUUCUUCAUAACAAUAAUAAUCAUAUUAAUAAUAAUAAUAAUCAUAUUAAUGGUAACAGUUUAAACCCAUUUUCAAAUAUACUUUCACCAAGUCCCAAAUAUAAAACUACGUCUUCUACACCAACUACCCCAGGAUCAACCAUUCAAUAUCUAAAUAAUGUUAAUAAUCAUAACAAUAAUAAUACAACUACAAUGGUCCAUUCACCCCCCAAUCAUUCAGUAAACAAUAAUAGCAGUGGCAACAAUUGUACUGGAACAAACAAAACAUUGGGGAUUCAAUUAUCAGAUAAAGGAAUUGACAAGACAUCUUUACAAAAUAUAAACUCUAAAUUAAAAGGAAUAACAACACCUCCAAAAAUCAAUAACGCAAACAAUAAUAAUAUGAUGAUUGAUAAUAAUAAUGAAAAUGAUACGAUUACAACAUAUUCAACUCCAUCUAAACCCUCAAAUAAUAAUAAUAAUAAUAAUUUUUAUUUUGUACCAUUUACACCAUUUAAAGAUAACAAUGUUUCUCAUAUUUCAACUCCAUUGGGAUCAACCAGAUCAUCAACAGCUAAACUCAAUAAUCACAUCAAACAAAGCGAAAUGGAAAAUUUUAUUACUGAAGAUAAUUUUGAUCCAUCAACGAAAAAAACAUCAUGUAUAUCAACAACAACAACAACAACAAAAUUAAAUACUACUGGUUUGGGCAACUUUGAAGGAUGUUCGUCAGUAGCUUUAAAAAUGUUGAAUGAUACAUCAAAAAGAUCAAUCUUUGACAAGGCUAGAAAAUUAUUAAUGACAACUGAAAAUCAACAACAAAAUAAUAAUAAUCAAAAUAAUACUAAUAAUAAUAAUAAUAAUAAGAAUAAUGGUGAUGAUUUUGUUCCAAAUAUUUCCUUUUUAACUCCAUCAUCAUCAAACUUUACACCUACAACUCCAUUAAAACAACAACAAUAUUUUCUUCCAACUCCUUAUAAACCACCUGUGAAUAUGAAUAUGAAUAAUCAUGAAAUCAACUCUAUUAAUAAUAAUAACAUUGAAAAUAAUAAUAAUAAUAAUAAUAAUGGUAACAACAAACCAAACAAUCAAACAUUUUUAGAUCAUCAUGGUUGUUAUGUUGGCAUUCAUUAA